AUGCCGCCGCCGUUGCCCGCGCCCGGCGCCCGCGCGGGGCCCUCAGGGCGCCACCGCCGGGCAGCGCCCGUCUCUCCCCGGGAGAGGGAGCCGGACGGGAGCGGACGCCGACGCAGAGCGGACGCCGACGCAGAGCGGCGCGCGUGGCCCCCGCCGCGGCUGAGUUGCUAUGGAGCUGAGACAAUGCGGGCCGCCGCAGCCCGUCCUCCUCCGGGGCAGGGGGCGGGCGCCGCCGCCAGGGCCUGGGGGACCCCGCGCAGGGUCCCAACUCGCCGGGCCUCGUUCCUGUGGGGACCGCGACUCGGGCCUGGUCCCACGAGCAACAUCCCGGCCGCCCCGUCCAGGAAAUUUGCUGUCUCCUAG